AUGUUGAUAGCACCUAGUUUAAUGGUGACGAUGUUGAUGCUGGCAGCGAAGGCAGUUGACCUCAAAGAAAGUUACCUCAGGUUAGGUGCUUCUUGGAGUUUGGAGUUUUCGAUAGAAAAACCGAUGGAAUCUUUACAUGUCAAACUUCAACUACUCGACGACAACAACGAACCCUAUGAACUUAAAUUUGAUGAAAUGUUGAAGUUACCGCAUACAUUCGUACAGAUAACGGGCGUAAAAAAUGAACCACACGAAUACAAAUUUGGGAUAACUGAAGUUGGAUUCGAACACGUUGGAGUGUACGAAAUUAAAUCCACGAUCAACGAAUUGAUUGUUAUAGGAAAUUCAACAAUUGAGCUGGUAAAAGUCGACGAUGCCACUAUGGAACUGGCCAUGGAGAUAACUUACCGGAGGUUCGAUAAAAGUGACGGCCGAAAUGCUCCUAUCUUCUCUUGCGAUUCCAAACAAUUUCAGAAGAGUUUUUGUAAAAGUGGAUUGAGAACAGAGACAUGCAGCGUAAGAACGUUCUACAGUUCGGGCGAACGUCUUCCGCGCAGAUGUGAAAUUGCAUUCGACAAAUGGGAUUAUUUCAAGGCGUUUGAAAAAAAACUGAGUAACAUAGGGGCCUCUUUCAAGAUUGGUCAGUUUUCAACGAUAGCCAUUGUCGCAAUGGUCCUUCGGGCUGCUUUGAGUUAG